AUGAAACAGGCAGCCGAUCCUGAAAUGGACCAUCCUGACAAUGACUGGCAGCCGUUCGGGAUCGUCCGAGGUCAGCUGGCGUUCCAUGGACUAUGCAUCCUGUCAUCAUUAGACGGCGGCAGGCUGCAUUGGGGACCCGCAGGGCCAAGAGGAGACGAAGGUGGCAGCGGGGGUGCUGGGGCCCUUGCGGAGCAGGCCGCCGCAGCGGAGCAGGCCGCCGCACCUUCGCCGCGGGCAGCUGGUAUGGUCUUAGGAGCGUUGCCGGCUGGCGAGGCAGUGGACGGGGGUACGGUGGCGCCGGCGGUCGCUGCACUUCAGAGCUCAGCCAGCCCCCAGGACGUUCCGCAACCGCAACCUUCGGUGACUGGGAAGGGUCCGGACGAAGCUGCUCAGUCGGCAGCGCCACCGCCGCCGGUACCACACGGCGGCGGCGGCAGCGCCGCCGCCGCUGACGGCAGGGGUGGCAACAGCAGGACCGCCGUCGCUGCUCGCCCCUACGCGCUCACGCUCAAGGUCACACCGAGCGCGCUGAGGAAGGGCAAGCUCGUGGUGUCUAAGAGCCGGCUCGCGAACGCAGGGCUUCUGGGGCCUGAUGACUUGGGGCUGAUCAGCAGGAAGGGCGGCGCUGUUCACGGAUUGACAUUGCAGAUGGGCGGCCUGUACGUGCCUUUUGUCUUCCUUUUGGAGCCGGCGGUUCAGCAAGGCGAACGGCAGGGGCCCCAGCAGCCGCAGCAGCCGCAACGGAAGCGGAUGCCGAGCCAGGGGCAGGGGCAGAUGCAGGGGAAGCGUGAGCCAGGGAUAGGGGGGAUGUUUGCAGCGCAGGAGCAUGGUCAGCAAGAAAACAAGGCCUGUGCUGGGGAAGCGGUUUCAGGGGGUGAAGCAGCGGCGGCGGCGGCAGCGAUGACGACGGGAGCGCCGGCGGCAGCGGUGGGGCAGGAGGCUGUUCAGGAGGGCUGGCAAGUUGUGAUUAGGCUUAAGAUUAAGCCAGAUAACUGCCUGGUGAAUGCAGGGGUGUCGGUGAACGACACCCUUCGCUUCGAGCGGCUCGUGGACGGGUCCUACCGCCUGACUGCGUGUGCGCUCGACGCCAAUACAGCGAAAUCUGCGGCGGCAGCGGCGGAAGGGGAGGCAGCGGCGGCGGCAGCGGCCGCUGCCGCCGGCCCUGCUGCUGCGGCGGCGGCGGCUUCUGCUGGCGGCGCUGCUCCCAAAGCGGGCGGCGACGGCGGUACGAAGCGCGACACAGCCGCCUACGGUGGCAGCUCCUUUCCGGAGGUCAGGUCAGAUUCGGCUGCAGUUACCACUCACAUCGGCAGUUCUUCGGCCGGCAUUGCCACCGAAGGGCAGGCGGGCCGCUGUGGUGCGGACGAGGGUGCACUGUCGGAACGGGAAAGCGGCGAAACAGCCAGGAAGGUGUCGGGGGCGUGUAGCGGCGGCGGCGGCGGCGGCGGCGGCGGCAUGGAGCGGCGUCCUGGCGUGGAGCCCAGGUCCACCUCUACGACAACAACACGUGGGGCCGCCGCUGCCGCCGCCAUCGGUUUCCGGGAUGUCCGGGAGUUCAUUGAUGUUCCGGGCGGUACGGAAGCGGGAUGUCUAGCUGGGGAGCGAACGUCAGCACACGUCGGCGCAGCGACGGCAGCGGCAGCAGGGCAAGACCACAGCUGCCGCCGCCGCGGCCAGACGGCAGCCGUCCCCGCCACCACUACCGUCGCUGCCGCCACCGCAGCCUCAAGUCCCUCAUCAUGUGACGGGAAUAAGCCCCCCUCGGUCAAAGCCGCUGCCGGUCAGGCCACGAUCUCCAACAAUGUGGAGGGCACGAUGGCGGGUAGCGACCGGCAUGACGUCAUCAAGCCAAAACACCUUGCCAAGCCGCAACCGCCGCCGCCGCAACCGCCGCCGCAGCCGCCGGCAAGGGGCGCCACGUGCCAUCAGGACCCGAAAGCCAAGGCCGCAGCGCAGGUGGUCGCAUCUGGCGGCGUCAGCAGGACCACAGGCGCCGUAUCCGAUUCGCGGUGCUGCAAGCUCCUGAUGCCGUACAUGUGGCGGCACGAUAGGCUCUACCUGGGCCGAGAGCUCAUGGCUGAGGGCGGCGUCUUCCACAACUUGGAGCCGGGGCCGGUUUACCUGGUCUUUGAUGAUUGUGCCAGGAAGCAUAGGGUAUGUAGAAGGACAAAGCCAUUUAGUGUCUGCGUAGUGGAGUCACGCUGA